AUGUCCAUGGACAUGACAUUUCUCGGCACCGGUUCGGCUUACCCGUCCCCUCACCGCGGUGCCUCGGCUCUGGUUCUGCGGACGGACGGGGAGUGCUGGUUGUUUGACUGCGGGGAGGGGACGCAGACCCAGCUGAUGAAGAGCCAGCUCCGAGCCGGUCGUAUCACCAAGAUCUUCAUCUCCCACCUACAUGGAGAUCACCUGUUUGGUUUGCCUGGCCUCCUUUGCACUGUGAGUCUCAACACCAACCCAGACCCCCAGCAGAACCUGAACUGUGUGGACAUCUAUGGGCCCCGGGGCCUCAGGAAGUUCCUCAGGGUGACACUUGGCCUCUCGGGAUCGCAGCUUCUCUUCCCAUAUGCAGUUCAUGAACUGGAGCCAACAUCAGACCAGAGUCCAGAGGAAGGACAGCUGAGCCUGGAGGUAUCUGGUUUUGGUCACCUCCAUCCUCAGGAGCAGCCAGGCAGGACGAUCCCCUUUGAUGUCUCCAAUGACUGUUAUCUGCUUUUUGAAGACAAGAAGUUUGUUGUCAAGGCCUUCAGAUUAUUUCACCGCAUCCCUUCCUUUGGUUUUUGCGUCCAAGAGCAUGAUCGGCCUGGAAGACUGAAAAUAGAAGUACUGAAGGAAAUGGGCGUGAAACCUGGACCUCUCUAUGGGCGCCUCAAAGCCGGCGAACCUAUAAUCCUUGAAAAUGGAUUCUCGGUACUUCCCAGUGAUGUGCUGGAAGAGGCCGUGCCAGGGAGGAAGGUGUGUAUUUUAGGAGACUGCAGCUCAGUUGUUGGGAAAGAACCUAUGCUGAUGUGCAGCGGAGCGGACAUCCUGGUUCAUGAGGCCACCCUUGGGAGCGAGCACCGGGAGAGGGCGAUAGAGCAUGGACACAGCACACCUAAGAUGGCAGCAGCUGUGGCUCGGGCUUGCUGUGCACGGAGGCUGGUCUUGUCCCACUUCAGCCAGCGGUACAAACCCAGCUCCUUACAGAAGGAGGGAGACGAGGACGUGUCGGAGCUGAAGAGGCAGGCUGAAGAAGAGCUUCAGGACAGCAGCGUGGAGGUGAUUCUGGCUGAAGACUUUAUGACUAUACCUAUUCCUCCCAGAAGACAAGUCAUAACAAGCUAGGAUCAUUUUAAUGGGUUUGAUGG